UGCCACUGCUUACUUCGCCAGACGAAAAACCAUCAGGGAAACAUACGCAGCUAAAGGUGUCUUUGGGCAUAUCACCCAAAAGGUGGUGUUUCUCCUGGGCACAACCACAGAUCCCGUGGUUACAAAAUCCAUACAGGAAGAAGCGUUUCUCUACAGAGACAUCGUCCAAGGCCAGUUUUUCGACUCCUAUCACAACCUCACUCACAAAGGAGUUCUGGGCUACCGAUGGAUCACACAGUAUUGUCCACAAGCCAAGCUCAUCGUUAAAAUUGACGAUGACGUUUUCAUUAAUCCAUUUAAGUUGGUCAAAGAAUUCCUUCCCCAAUACGUAAACAAAACCAAACAUAUUGCUUGUCAUGUAAGACCCGGAGGCACAAGUCCGAUUGUCAGAGGGACUGGCAAAUGGCAAGUCCACGAAGAUGAAUUUAGGGGCCAAAACUACUAUCCAUUUGACUAUUGCAACGGCUAUUUCGUGAUUAUCACCCCUGAUCUUAUUCGUCCUAUGCUAAACGCUGCAAGACUGAACCCUUUCUUUUGGAUUGAUGAUGUGUAUCUUUUUGGCAUCUUACCCGCAACAGUUGGCUCUGUGAAAUUUGUGAAUAUCAACAAGCAAGUUACAUUGUCUUUCAAAGUCGGUGAAAAGUGUUUCAAUGACAAUGGGGCGGGAUGCCAUUUGAUUGCUGCUAGUCCUUUUAAACAAGAAAACGCGGAGAAACUGUGGAACAUUGUACUCUCUAAUUUGACUGACAGCAUCAAGAAGGAGCUUAGCGUGUUUGGUUUAUAA